AUGUCCGAAACCGACCAUCUGCUGGCCGCCGAGCCCGUGGCUGAGUACCCCCAGUACACGCCUUGGCCCAACUCCCGAAAAUCAGUGGACACGGAGUUUUCCGCAACCUCGUGGAUUUACGACUUGGUUCUGUGGAUUUUCACGGCUUGCUUUGACAUUUUUUUCAGAGAAAUCCGGCCACGUGGUGCCUUCCGAAUCCCCAGAAAGGGCCCCGUGCUGUUCGUGGCUGCCCCCCACGCAAACCAGUUUGUGGACCCCGUCAUCCUCAUGAACCAGGUCAAACAGGAGGCCGGACGACGAAUCUCCUUCCUUGUGGCCGAGAAGUCCAUGCGACGAGCUGCAGUCGGACGAAUGGCCCGAAGCAUGAACUCAAUUCCUGUCGUGCGAGCUCAGGACAAUGCAAAAAAGGGAGAGGGAAAGAUUUACGUCGACGCAGAGGACCCCACAAAGAUCCACGGAAUCGGCACCCAGUUCACGAAGCAGUGCGAGGUGCGAGGCCUCGUGGUCUGCUCGUCCUCUGUCGGCUCAAUUGACGUGGCUGAGAUUGUGUCCGACACUCUGCUCAUUGCAAGAAAGGAAUUCAAGGGCCCCAAAGCCAAGGAGGCUCUCAAGGAAUCCAACGGAGGAAUCACAUACAAGUACGCCGACUACGUCAACCAGGCCACAGUCUACCGAUCCGUAUUCGACAAAUUGCACCAUGGAGGCUGUGUGGGUAUCUUCCCAGAGGGAGGAUCUCAUGACCGAACCGAACUGCUGCCCCUUAAGGCCGGUGUUGCUAUCAUGGCUCUGGGGGCUCUCGCAGAGGACCCCUCUUGUGGUGUGCGAAUCGUCCCCUGUGGUCUCAACUACUUCCACGCCCACAAGUUCCGAUCUCGGGCCGUGGUGGAGUUUGGCUCUCCUAUUGCCAUUCCUCCGGAUCUCGUGGAGAAGUACAAGGCAGGAGGAGAGGCCAAGCGGGAGGCUGUCAAGACCGUUCUAGACAUUACUGCCGCUGGUCUCAAGUCUGUGACUGUUCAGGUGCAGGAUUUCGACACCCUGAUGCUGAUCCAGGCCAUUCGACGACUCUACCGACCUCCCGGAAAGAAGAUUCCUCUGCCCAUGGUUGUAGAGCUCAACCGUCGACUUGUAUACGCCUACAACCACUACAAGGACGAUCCCCGUAUCGAGGAGAUGAAGCAGGAGAUUCGAAAGUACAACAAGUUCCUGCAGGCCAUGGGUCUCAAGGACCAUCAGGUAGAGAAGGCCCGAAUCUCCAAGAUUGAGAUUCUGGGCCGGCUUCUGUACCGGUCCAUCAAGCUUGUGUUCUUGUCCAUUGGCUGUCUCCCCGGUCUGCUUUUGUUUUCUCCCAUCUUCAUCAUUUCUAAGUCCAUUUCCAAAACCAAGGCCAAGGAGGCUCUCAAGGCCUCCAGUGUCAAAAUCAAGGCUAACGAUGUGGUUGCCACUUGGAAGGUGCUGGUUGCAAUGGGUCUGACCCCAGUUCUUUACAUUCUCUAUUCACUGGUUGGAUCUGUGGUGAUUCGAAAGCUCGAUCUCAUCUCCUGGUUCCCCACAAUUCUUCUUCCCGGCCUCGUUUUAAGCAUCAUCAUCACAACCUCAUACGCCGCCCUGGCUAUGGGAGAGGCCGGUAUGGACAUUUUCAAGUCUCUUCGACCACUUGCAUUGGCUCUCAACCCUUCCACCAAAAACUCUCUGCUCAAGCUGCAAAAUGAACGAAAGCGACUUGUGCUCAAGUCUUCCGAGCUCGUUACCUCUUUGGGCCCUGAGCUGUUCCCCGACUUCCCCGAGAACUCCAUUCUGCAGGGAAGCGAUAAGUUUGAGGACGAGGAGAACUACGAAAACGAGAAGCGAUCGCAUUCCAGAUCCACUUCUGCCACUUCUCUAUCUGCCAUGAGCGAGGGAGACGGUGAUGAGCUUGUUCGGGAGGUCCGAAAGGGUGCUAGCUACUUCCCUGUGAGUACCAUUUCUGAGGACGAAGACCAAGCCAUCUCGCGAGUGGGCUCUGAGGCAUCUCUUGCUGACAUUCCUCUGUUUGGUAUGUCCCGAUCACAAUCUGGAGCUUCUCUUUCGGAAGCCUCCACACACGGCUCUUCUACUGGAGCUGAUGCCGAGGAGGCUAAGACGGAGGUGACUCGCAGAAUUGCAUUGGCGAUGGAGGAAAAACGACGAGAGCAGGAUGAGGAAUAA